AUGAAAGACAUGGAGACUCGCAUGAGUCAGAUGGCAACCGCCAUUAAUCGCCUGGAGUCCCACGUCUAUGGGAAACUGCCAUCGCAACCUGAGGCAAAUCCCAAAAAUGUGAGUGCAAUGACAUUAAGGUGUGGCAAGGAAGUGGAGGGGCCAAGGGUCACGGACUUGAAAAGUAAAAGUGAAGACAAGAUCGAAAAGGAGAUAGAGGAAGAAGGACACAUUCGUGGAGGUCCUGGGGUUGGCAAAGACGAAAGAAAGGCAGAGAAGGAAAAAGAGAUUUUAGAGUGUUCAAAAAAGUGGAGAUCAACAUCCCUUUUGGAAGCAAUCAAGCAGGUGUCGAAGUAUGCUAAAUUUCUCAAGGAUCUAUGCACCCAUAAGAGGAAAUUGAGAGGGGACGAAAGAGUAGCGGUGGGAGAGAAUGUGUCAGCAAUGCUCCAAAGAAAGCUUCCACCCAAGUGUGGAGAUCCAGGUAUGUUCACGAUCCCCUGUAAGAUAGGGAAUAUACCGAUCAGGAAAGCAAUGUUAGAUUUAGGGGCGUCAAUCAAUGUGAUGCCAAAAACCAUUUUUGCUUCUCUAAAUCUUUGGCCACUUAAAGAAACAGCCAUCAUAAUCCAACUAGCUGAUCGCACAAAUGCAUAUCCAGAGGGGCUAGUUGAGGAUGUCUUGGUUCAGGUAAAUGAGUUAGUCUUUCCUGCAGAUUUUUAUAUCUUGGACAUGGGAGAUGAAAAAUCAUUAAACCCGUCACCUAUCUUGUUAGGUAGACCAUUUCUUAGCACUGCCAGGACUAAGAUAGAUGUGAAUGAGGGUACUUUGUCAAUGGAAUUUGAUGGUGAAACUGUGAAUUUCAAUAUUUUUUAG